CCUGGACUGGUUUCAUGGCUCCAGGAUGGAAGGGUUCCUGUUCACCUUUCCACCCUUCUCCAACCCGGCGUGCGCUGCGCCAGCAGCGGGCAGCGGCUGGCGGAAGGGUCGCUUCAUGACCCCGCAAGGACUCGACUACCUGGAGCUGUGCAAAGCCCUGCUUUCCCCGGUGCCGCCCGCCUCUCCGUUCAAGAAAGCGGACACCAAAGAGUGCGGCGUGCAGGUCAACGCCAAGGUGCACAAAACCGUGCAGUGCUCGCUCGGACCCAAGACGCUGUUCUGGAAGGACCCGGUGCCUGAGAAGAGUCCAACCCUCCAGUCGUCGCCCCUGCGCUUCCUGAGACCGGUGUCCAUCUAUUCACCGGUGUUCGACCGCAGGAAGCUGAGGGAUGAAAGCGAAGAAGAGCUGCAUGAGUCUGAGCAAGACUCAAGUCUGGAGAAGGGUGAAGGAACCUUCCUCUAUUCUCAGAAGACCAGCAACUUCCAGUUCCUGGAGCAGAGGUACGGCUUUUUCCACUGCAAAAAGUGUAACAUCCGGUGGGAGAGUGCUUAUGUGUGGUGCAUUUCUGGAACCAGUAAGGUGUUCUACAAGCAGCUCUGCCGGAAGUGUCAGGUGGGGUUCAACCCCUACAAAGUGGAGUCCAUCAUCUGCAAGGGAUGUUCUCAGACCUGCUGCAGCUGCGAGAGGAAGCAGCGACACAUCAACAUGAAGCGGCCUCACCGUCAGGACCUGUGCUGCCGCUGCAAAGGCAUGAGGUUGUCCUGUGACGCCACCUACAGCUUCAAAUACAUCGUCUGAACUCGACGCCACAGCUGCAACACCCUGACGUUGAUGGACUGUCUCAAAGACAAAGCUCACUUUUUCCACCGGCCAGUAGCUGAAGUGACUUAUUUAAACGAAGCAAAACCCCUCUCUCAAUCUUGGUGCUUACCAUGAAAGGCUUUUUGU